CUGCUGGACUCGCCGGCGCCUCUCCGGCCUCUCUGGAACGAAGAUGGAGGUGGCGCCCGUUGAGUUUCUUCUCCAGCUUGCUUUCGCGGGAAUGGCCAGCCACGAUCAGUGGUGUGUUCUGAAUUUUCAUUGCUGGGCGCCGGGAAGGCUGAGGACUCCUCCUGGGCAGGAAGAUCUGCGGGAGACGCACACCACACGAUCUCGUCGUCGGAGACAGAGGCCGCGGCCGCGACGGAGGAGCCAUGGCGUCUCGUUCUCGGAUCGAGGCGCUGGAGAGGAAGAGCGAGUCGGCGCGAGCAAGCGCUGCAGGCGGGAUUCCCUCCAGAGUGGAAGAGUCGAGCGAAACGGUCGAGACGUUUUCUUCUCCACCUCGGGAGGACGCGUUCGCGCCUCCCGCGCGCGCCCUCUCGCUUCUGCACCAGUCCCCAGACGGACCCUGCGAAACAAUCGUCUUUCUGCUGGGCUUCUUCCUCCCCGUCGCGGACCUGUGCAGCUGCAGCGCGGUCUGCAAGGCCUGGUGGGCUGUCUGUACACUGCAGCACCAGCAGCUGUGGCGAGAGCGGUGUCUGCGCCGGUUCGGCUUCAAGUACGAAAACUACCUUCUCUACACGCAAGGGUGGGACUGGAAGUUGAUGUACGCGAAGGCGAACAUGUUCGUCAAGACGCUCAGGAACAGUCGUAGCGGAUCUGCACUCGACUCGGCCGCAGAGACGCGGCGCUCGCGUCUGCCUCAGCACCCGACUUUCUUUGCUUCGCAGCGGGAUGCGCAGCAAUUCGCGCCGCGAGGAGACGACACACGGGGUGGCGACGACGAAAGUCGAAGCGCCUCUUCUGCGCCUGUGCUCCGCUGUCCUCACUUGCUCCCCCUCGCGUUCCCCGACUACGAAGGCAGCCUGGCGCUGACGACCGACUCCACGCUGCUGCUCUGGGAGAACGGGGUGUACAUCCAGUGCAUCGACUUGAGUGCAUCUCGCGAAUGCUGGCGCGCGCGCGUCGGCUGCGGGCCGCGAGGUCGAAGCAGCAAACCUGCGUUGGCGGCGUCGCGCACAAAAGUCGUUUACCACGUCAACAAAUGCCUGAAGGGAUUCGACCUGCGGUCUGGUGAAUUUGUCUGUCGUCUGCAAGUCCCCCGCUUCUCGCCAUGUGCGCAGAACACUCCACGCGCUCCCGCGGGGGCGCCGCGCGGAAGCGACGACGAAGACAAAGUGCCAAACGGUGAAGAGGACGCCUUCGAGGGUCUGCGACAAAAGACCAACGCAGACGACUGGGAACCCCACGACUUCAGCCUGGAUGUCAGCAUCCGGAACUGCCAGCUGACCUUCCUCACUUCCCGCGGCCUUUGCGUUUACCAUUCCGAGUCGCUCGAGUGUAUGUACACCAUCACCCACUCGGAGCUGCUCUUCCCCUCCCUCGCGUUCGCCACCGAGGACGUCGACUUUUUGUGGGCGGGGUACCGACCCGCUUCGCCGGAGUUCAUCCGAAGACUUCUGCAGUUCCAGGACGUCCAGCGACAAACCAUUCUUUGUCGCAACCGCGCAUCUGAGAGCGAAGGCGUUGCGCCGAAGAAACCUCCCCAGCGCUCUCGCGGUUUCCAGGGAAGACCCAAAGAGCGCAGCGCUGCUUCCCGUGCCUCUCCUUAUCUCUCGGCUUCUGCUUCCGCGUCGAGCUCCCGGCCAAGUCUUCAGCAUGCGGCAAAACGAAUCUCAUCAGAGAGAAGACCGUACGGAGAGGCGGCAUGUGGGGGACGUCGGAGCGCGACGAUCGUUCCCCCUCUUUCUGCCGUCUUCUCCCCUUCUUCCUCCACUUCGCCGUGCAUGCGUGACGCCUCCGACUAUGCCUCCUGUCGGCUGUCCUCCUCUCCGCCGUCGUUGCCGUCUGUUCUCUCUGAACACGCUCACGAAUGUCUGUCGUUCUCUGUGGCGUCCUCGUCGUCUUACCAUUGGUCUCCCUUUCCUCUCUCACGUCCAGCUUCUGCGGGUCGCGCCGCUUCACUCUCAGCUCUUCACCGUCUCGCACCUUCUCUCCCUGCGUCUCCUCUUUCGUUUUCCUCUCUUCCCUCUUCUUUGUCUUCUUCUCUCGUCUCUUCUUCUCCUCUGCAUUUUCCUUCUUCUGAGGAGCAGUCUGCGUGGACGUCCACGCGAGUGAAGAGACUCGAACCGCUGUCGCCUGGGCCGUCGCCCUCGCACACCUGGGUCGACAGAGAGCGAGAAGUUGAGGAGACUCAAACGGGACUGUGGUCUCCGCUCGGUCACUCGAGAGACGCCUCGCCGCUCUCGACUCUGCCGUCUUUACGCGCGACGUCUUCGACUUCCUCGCAAACAACUGGAACGUUCUUCGAAGGCGACGAAGGACGGAAGCGCAAGACUCGCGCCGCGAAGGAAAAGAGCACAAAGAGCGACCCAAAGAGACAGCGACUUGGUCGCGGGACAUCCGACGACACUGCAGGCACAGACGCCUCUGCAGGCACAGACGCCUGUUUCUUCGAUUCUGCGCUCUCGCCUCUCUGCGUCUUUGCGGGGUCCAAGCGAGGUCGACAAAUCGCGCGUGGACGGAUGCGAGAGAGGGAAGAAGAAAAAACUCCAGCAGCCUGGCCUCCUUCUUCUUCCCCGGCGCCUUUGUCUUCCCCCCCUGGUGCCGAGGCUGCGUCACCCUCCCCUCUGACCUCCUUCGCCCUCCCGCCGCUCUCGACCUUCUUCUCUCUAGGCUUCCCAAAGACACAGGAAGAAGCAGACGAGAAGGAAAAAGUAUCUGAAAAGGGAGGAACUGCGAGUGCAGCCUUUGCGGGAGAGGAGGAAGGAGAGAGGUCACGACGAUGGAGACUCGCGGAGACACACAGGAGCCGGAAGCGCGAAAGCGACGACGGGACCGCUUCAAGUGUAUGGACAACAGCUGAGGGAGGCGACUGCGGGGACGGUGCAGCGGCGCCAGGCCUGUGGUGCGCAGCGAGCGAAGAGAACGUCGCGUUUUUCUCCUCGCGCGAGGAACAUGAGGAUCCAAGACAGCGGCGGGCGAUGCACUGCGUCAAGGAAUCCUCAGAGGAAUUCCGGACGGAACUUGAGGCGCCUGAAGCAACGACGACCGAGAAGACCGCACUCGACUCAAUGGCGAGAGAGAUGGUCGGCGCCGCCGCAGCUGUCCAAGGACCUCUUCACACGAGCAGACAUAUCGUCACAUGGCUGAGGAAGAAGAGCCGCAAAAUCAAAAUUUGGGACAUUCUCGACGGCCGUCUCCUCCACACACUCGACGCUGUUCCGUCUUCCUCUUCUUCUUCGUCAGCGGAGCUUCCGCGUCUUCUGCGCGUUCGCCAGGCUCAGCAGCCAGGCGCGCCGGACGGCUACUUGCUGGCGGCCCUGGACAGUGUAGGCUGGGUGCGGUUUUUCGACUCUCGCGCGGCGUUCGCAUGCGUUGUCUCGGUGGCCUGUGGCGAAGGCUUCGGACUGUACCGCCUGAGCCUCUCCUCCUCGUUUCUCUUGACGAUGCAGCAGAGCCGUCUGCGAGCGCCGCGGCGCCGAGAGGGAGAGGCGCGCGGAGUCCUUUCCUCGCGCCCUGAAAACGCGGAGCUCCGCAGCCGUGAAGUGACAGCAGAGGGAGACGACGCGCGGACAGACAGUGGAGAGGAAGCGACAGAGUUCCCAGAGGGCGGUCUUCUGAAAGUUUGGGCGAUUCGCAUGCCCGCUCUGGCGGAAGCCGAGGAGGAGAACAACAGUCGAGCGGCUUUCGACAUCCCCUCAGACAGUCGCAUCAAGUGCCAUUUCCCCUCUCCCCUCACUGGUCCUUCCUCUUCCUCCUCUUCUUCCUCUUCUUCCUCUUCUUCUCCUUUCUGCCCUUAUGCUUCUUCCUCGUCUUCCUCUUCAGGUAUCACCGGCGCGUCCAGUCCAUGCAGUCAGGCCGCUUUUUCGGCGCGCCACCCCACAGACUCGGCCGGCUCUGAGGUCCUGCGGCGGCCGGAUGAGCAGAGAUGCGGCUUGGAGGAAAUACCUUUGAGCUUAGGUAGCUUAGGUCUUGCGUUUCGUAAGGAGAAACGGGUGCAGUCCGGGGAAACGCGGGAGCGCGAGGGGCUGGCCGUGCAUGCGAGGCAGUGGCCUCCCGCCAGCCUCGGCCAAGGCGAAAGAGAGGCAAUCGAAACAGAGCCGACGGAGAACAGUUCGCCAGACAGCGAGCUGCCAGUGGCCACAACAACUGACGUGAAAGAAAGAGAAGAAGGACGAGAAGAAGGACGAGAAAACGAGGGAGAAGAAAGAGAAGAAAACGGGGGACAGACAAACGAAAGGCGAUCCGAGCAGGGAGAGAAAAAAGAGAGAGGAGGCACAGUACUCAAUCGUCCAGACAUGUCUGUGGACCAGAGAGAGAGUAGAGAAGUACGACGGACGACUGUCGCGCCAAUGAAGAUAGAGAUGGAAAGCAAAGCGCAGAGAAAAGACCGACGUGCUCGCAGUCACCAGUCAGAAAUUUCUAAGACGCAGCGACGCGUCGUGGAAGAACUGAGAACAACAAUCGCCAGUUCCGUCACCUGCUCCUCUCUUCCUUCUUCUCUCGCUUCUUCUUCUUCUCCUUCUUCUGCGUUGCCGCCACCGUCUUCCCUGCGGGUCCCCUGUUCGGGGAGCUCCGCGUCUCCGCGGUCUGCUUCCGUGGCGUCUUUUUCGUGGUUCUCUUUCUUGAGGCUUUUCGAAGACGAGCGCGGGCAGAACCGUUCGCGCUGCCUUCACGCUGGACGCACUGUUGGACAACACCAGGUCUCUGAGGUGGAAGCAGGUCCCCAGUCGAUUGGCUCUUCCUCGAGAGACCGCAUCCGAGGCUGCGCUCGACGGCGGUCUUUCUCUCGAUCUCCUCGCGCCUCCUCUUUCUUCGCGACUUCGUUCUUCGCUGCAGACUCACACCCGCCUCCCUCAACCCUCUCAGCUGUAUGUACACUUCAGCUGUCUGCGCCGUCUGUGCGUGCUGAGACCCGUCCGCGCAUGCAGCGAGGAGACAGCUCAGAGACAGCGAAUUCUCUUCCCCGCUCUCCUUCCUCAUCGUCAUCCAGGUUGUCCUUACCAACGCCUUCUCUCCCACCUUGUUCUCCCUCUUCUUCUCCCUCUUCUUCUUCUCCCUCUUCUUCUUCUCCUUCUUUUUCUUCUCCCUCUUCUUCUUUUUCUUCUUCUUCUUUUUCUUCUUCUUCUUUUUCUUCUUUUUCUUCUUCUGGCUGCACUUCCGUUCGUGGAAGGUCUUCCGCGUCAGCUGCGUCGAGUCCGGCGUCGUGUGGCGGAGAGAGGGGAUUUUCGGUCGAGUUGCUGGCGACUUUUCGGACGCCUUCGACUGCGUAUUUCGCGGACCUUCUGGACAACCAGCUCUUAGGCAUUUGGACUGCAACUGCACAGGACUGUGAGCGCCAGCAACGCACGUCGCUCCUCUCUUUCGCAGCCUCGGCGUUCCCCUUCUUCUCCACUGCAGCCGUCGCCUCGCUCUUCUCUUCUCGCGCAAACAACUCGCUCGCGCGGAGGCCAGACGCCGACGGAGGACCGCUCCAGACCCUCGAGGCAAGAGACGACUCUGGCGGCAGUGCCUUGAACGCCCAACUCCUCUCUGACUGGUCUCUCUUCGACGUACUGCCUCUGGCGCUGGCGUCCAGACAGCAACGCAACCAGGAGUCUCCGCGAAGAGAACGAAAGGAGACGCCCGCGGCUCCGUCCCCCAAAGCGGCUUUCGCCUUUUCCCGUGCACUUGCCUCUUCACCUGUCGCUGCUUCCUCGCUCUCCUCGCUCUCCUCUUUCUUUUCCGCCGCCUCCCUUUCCUCUCUCUCGACGCGGCCAUCCUUAUCUCGCUCCUCGCCUUCUUCCGUCGGUUGCUCUUCUCUCAACUCUUCGCUUUCUGAACAACGGACAUCUCCCGAGAGGAACAAUGUCGUAGACUCUCAACUUCACUCUCCUUCUCUCUCGAGUCUUCCUCGAUCGUCCUCUUUCCAUCCUUCCUCUCUUUCUCCUCGUUCUCCUCUUUCUCCUCUUUCUUCUCUUUCUUCUCGCGGCUCCUCUGCUGGAGAGCCUUUGUGUGCGGGUCCUUCGUCUCCCGCCUUGCAGUCGGAGUCACUCGCUGCGCCGCCAGAUCCGCGCUCAGGUGUACGUCCGCCGCAGGAGCGGACUCGCCUGCAGCAUCGAGGCGCUGCGGACCGCAUGCAGAACUUGCCGGCGCCGUGCAUGCAGUUGCGGCGGAAAGCGGACGCCUGGUCGCUGCUCGACUGGCGCGGCCUGUGCGUGGACGAGAGGGGAGAGUUGGAGAUUCGCACAUUUUGUCCAAUUGCCAGCAUCCGCGAAGAAGACCGCCUGAUGACGCGGCCCUUCUCUGCGCUCGUGAGACAAAGGCGGAGAGAACAGGCCGAGAAGGCCGCGAGCCGCGGAUACACCUGAGCUGCAUGGAUAUUGAGACUCAGGAUGGCACUCAAACUGCAUGCCGUUCGCAACGGUCACAGACCGAGAGAAUGAACAACGGCCCGACCGUCUUGUCAAUUUCUCAAUUUGUGUUUUCUCCCUCCUCGAAUGUUUCUUUACUUCGCUCCUCUAUGUGUGUCUAUCUCUGUCUCACUUUCUCUCGAUUUCUGUGUUUUGUCCCUCCUUUACUUCUCUUUGUAUCUGAAUUCCACUUCUGCCCUUUUCUCUUUCUGUCCUCUCUGUUUCCGUGAAGAGAACUCAUAUAGUGGAAAUGUCUUUAGCGAAGCACUGGACGCUCCGCGCGGGGGAUUGUUUCGAGACGGAAAAGGGACUCUGCACCUCAACAUCCUCUGGGGUGAAUGGGAACUCGUUGCAUGCAUGCGCCGUUUGGCCAACAGAGAGUCCGAGACGAGUCUUUCCGCCUUUCGAGAGACCUCGCUUUCAACAACGCGGCUCGCGUUUCGUGGCGAGAGCUCUCAGACUCGCGAUGUCUUCCUCACGAUUCCAAGCCGUUGCAUGCAUCGCCAGAUCACCUGCAUGCAUGAGCCGACCUCCUGCAUACACGAGAUCGCGACCUUCACAGCUGGGUUGUCGACGCUUCCGAAACUGUAAAUUGUGUUAUUUUUCUGUGGGAAAAAAGCAAGGAGGCUUGUGGGUGUCGCGUUGCCGGACCUUCGGGGCCUUGCGCGAAACGAAGCGGAGAGCGGCAGGUGCCGCCUUGCAUGCGUUUCGUACACGAGCCGAGCCUCGGAGGUUUCGGAGUUGCAGCGGACGCCAUCUGAAGAGCCGACUGGCCUGGCAGGCGCGUUGUGACUCGGCAACUCACGAGGGAAGGCCGCUUCGAGCUCCUCGCGCAUGCAGAGCCGUCGGAACUGGCACCCGUGUGGAUGCCAUCAGCCUUUCACGAAAGUGAGGGUCGCCUCUUCCGCUGUGUUCUCGGCGCGACUCUUUGUGUUUGAUUUGUUGACAUAGUCGCUGUGUAUCAUCUUCCGCCGAGAGCAGCGUACAAGCAGCCUUAUCGCGAACCUGUCGGCAGGGAAAGCCGAGGCCACCGCUGUGACCGCACCCAUGGUCGCUCUCUCUACUUGCCUUUCGAGAGCUUCGCUGUCCCUACACAGCCUCGCGGGGCUUGUCCUCGCUCUCGAGCCUUCGACGCCCACUCUUCCCGUCUAGGCAAUUCUGGACGGAGGCCUGUACAGCUCCUCUUUGCUUGUUCAUGCAGAAGUGAACAACUUGUUUGCCCUCGCGACUUCAGUCUCUGCAUGCGGCGCUUCAGGAAUUCGGGAGUCCCUGCCUGCAGCGUUUUGCGGUUUCUGUGCCACCGGUCUUGAGUCCGUCGUUGGGCGCGGAAGUCCUCGCGCAUGCACAGUCGCGCUGCACUCGUUUCUGCGUGGAGCAAGUUUGCGCGACAGCUAUUUUUCUUCUCUCGCACCAGUCACACACCAAGCCGUCCACCGUUUUAGCUGCUCUCCCGAAAUGCUCUCGGAGACGCCACAGCACUGCGGCUUUGGAGCGCGUCGCUUUGCAUUUUUUCGCUCCACCGAAAUCUCUUUUUUCCAGAUUCAAGUCUGCCUGCUGACCCUCCGCCUGUACAGUGGGCGCGCUUGCAUGCGAUCGGUGCCUCUCCCGAACUGCAAGGUUCCUCCUUCCCCCGUCCAUCUCUCGGAGGACGAAGAAUGAUUUUUGUUCGUCCUUGUCUUGUUGGUUUUCGUCAAGCUUUCCGAACGCGUUGUCAGAAUCUGUUUUGAAAGAUCCGG